UCUCAGCUACCUGCCGCGUGACGUCACGUACCCACUUCCGUUACCCACGCAAAACGUCACUUCCGUUCUCCCGUGACAACGAUGGCGGCAACGACCAUCGCCGCCGCGGUUGCUACGGGCAACGCCGCCGCGGUUGCUACGGGCAACGCCGCCGCGGUUGCUACGGGCAACGCCGCCGCCGCGGUUGCCAUGGGCGACGCCGCCGCCGCUGGGGAGAAGUCUGCGAUGCAAAGAGCCACAGAGGUGGUGGAGACUCUGUUCGCGUUCCGGGACCGCUACUUUGAGCAGCACGGACUUGACGAGGCGGCUCUCAAGGGAAGCCGCGUGGAGUCGCGCAGGACGGAGGCUCUGAGCCUCCUGGCAGAGCUCGAAGGUUUGACGGGUGCUGGCGACCGAGCGGGCUUCCUGGCCCUGCGAGGCCGCGCCCUCAACGUGGUGCCGGACUACGAGGCGGAGGCAGAGGCGGCGCUGUCCCGCGCCGUCAAGCUGCGUCCGGCGCUCGUGGACGCCUGGAACGAGCUGGGGGACGUCUACUGGAAGAAGGGCGACGUGGCCGCCGCCACCAGCUGCCUCGAAGGGGCGCUGGCUCACUGCCGGAACAAGGUGUCUCUGCGUAGCCUCUCCAUGCUGUUGCGGCAGCAGCCGAACUCGGAGCAGCGCCAGGACCCGGCACGUCUCGUCAUGGACAGCGUGGCGCACGCCAAGGACGCCGUCGCCAUGGACACCGGGGACGGCACGUCUUGGUACAUCUUGGGCAACGCGUACUUCUCUCUCUUCUUCGUGACGGCCCAGGACCCACGCAUCUUGCAGCUGUCGCUCAACGCUUACGCACAGGCGGAGAAAGUCGACACUACGGCGAGCAGCAACGCGGACCUGCACCUGAACCGAGCAACGCUACUACAGUACCGCGAGCUGUAUGGCGAGGCUCUGGACGGCUUCUCGAAGGCCUCGGCGCUGGAACCCACGUGGGACGAGCCGCAACGGAGACGAUCGGAGCUCCUCCACUUCCUGCGGAGACUCUCAGCGCUCGUCGCUAGCAAGGGCAAGGUGAAGCCCAGGAAGCUGCAGGUGUACAUGAAGGGGCUACGCGAUGCCGACCUUGGCCCCUACGCCGCUGGAGGCCGCGCUGCAUCAGCAGCAGCAGCAGGAGCAGCAGCAGCAGGAGGAACAGCAGCAGCAGCAGGAGCAGCAGCAGCAGGAGGAACAGCAGCAGCAGCAGCAGCAGCAGGAGCAGCAGGAGGCGAGGGUCCAGGCAGCAGGGUGGUGGCGAUGUCACCGCGUGCGCUGUCCGAGCUGAGUGAGGGCGCCAACGCGGGCGCCCUGCUGCUGGGCAGGGUGCUGUUCAGCGUCACCACGGAACACAGCCUGCCCUUCGUGUUUGGCCUGCUGGACUCACAGGGCUCCUGCUGUGCCGUGUCGGUCUACAACUUUGUGUCCGGCUGGGGAGUUCUCAUCGGGGACACGGUGGUGGUGCCCGCACCCUCGCUACGCACACACCACGUCCAAGAUGGGCAGCAGGAGCUCACGUUCCAGUGUGUGCGUGUCUCCAGCCCCGCGUCGCUGGUCGUCAACGGGAGGCAGCAGGGCAACAGCAAGCAGGCCGCAGUCACCGCCUGCUACAGCAGGAAGUUCACGUAGCCCCGCCUACUCCUGCA